UAUACCUCCAGCCUCCGAUCGAUCAACAUGGCUUCUCUCACUGUUCUGGGUAAGGUUCUGCUGGCUACGUUACUCGCAGCAGCGGCUGCAGCCGUUCAGCUGCCGCCGCUGCCACAGGCACUCCAGCAAACCCCGCCACCUGCUGCUGAACAGUUCCUGGACCUAUGGCAUCGUUCCAUGGUGGAGCAGCAGCGAAUUAACUUCACCAUGGAUAAUCAAGAGGCGCCGAAGACCAUAAUAUCUCCCAGCAACCACGUGGUCACCAACUUCGCGCCCCAGGAUGUACCGAGUCCGCUGUACUCCCUGCAGGGUAGGUUUGUCGAGCUCAAGACGAAACUUGUUCGGGACUACUUGGUUGCCGACCUUGUCGAGCCCGAAGACAAGAACCUCCUCAAUCCAGACGGCUUUGCUGUGCGGAAUCUCAACAAUAAGACAAUAGUCUUCGAGAAAAACGCCACAGGUACCGUGACGAUCAACGACUUUCCUGUAGUGAAUAUGAUCUCUGUGGAAGACGCCCAGAUUUACGUCAUCGACGGAGCGUUGUUCGACCACAUGGAGCAGGUGGCUGAGGGAUCGAGGGCGCUCUUCGAUGAACACAGCGCGUUCGACGCGCCCAUGCCUCAAGACGAAAGGCGAUUUGGUCCUAAAAACUCAACCGAAAACAUCUGAAUUUACAGAAAUGGUCAUUAUAUUGUUUAAUUUGCUACUAAUCGCGAUGAAGUUCGUUUGAAUAAAUUUGGAUACAAUAGCUGAACACGAAAAUAUAGUUGAAAUUGAACGGCAUGUUUCGGAGCAACGUAAAAAUAAAGAUGUACCGAUUUGAUGAAGCCAAACAAUCAAAACGCUAGUAAAGAGAACUAACCAUGGAACAGACUAGACGAAGAUAUGCAGGAGCAUAUGUUCAGUCUUAAAAUGCCUAGCACCAUUCGGACCACUUCUGCAAUAAAUCCAGCAACUAUCUCAAUCAAUCGUCAGUUAUGGAAAGAUCGGGUUCCAAAGGCCGGA